AUGAAUGGCCAUGCAGCGGCGCACUACACCUACGCUGCACCCGUCAAGGGGCACCUGGCCAACGGAACCGUCAGGCCUCCAACCUGCCACGUCUUCGUCCUCGUCCGCCCCGCGGCGCACGCGGACGCGCUCGAUGCGCAGCGGGCGGGGCAUCCGCUGAGCCUGGCGGCGUUGAAGGCCGCUGGAGCCGAGGUGAAGGUGCUACGAGCAUCGUGCCACUGUCAGGGCAAACGUUUGCUCGAAGAAGGUGCUGUUUAUGAGUUGGCUGAGUGUGGCAGGACCCUCCGUUUCGAGGGCCAUGCUAUCAAUGUCAACGACGCUGCAAGGAGCUUGACGCAUCUCAGGGCCUGGCACGAGGCCACGGAGGUGAAGAAUUUGCCAGUGGUGGUUCUUCUCGCAGAGUCCAUCAUUCAAGGGCCAAGCGCUCUGUGGGCUCAACAGGUGGUGGCCGCUUGCCGCUCUGGUCAGCCGCUGCUGUCCUUGGGCCACCCCCCACUGCCACACAGCCUGGAAGGCGGCUAUGCCAUGUCGGCCGGGUUCUUGCAACGUCUCAAGCUGCUUCUGCCAAGCUUGAAGGCGAAGCCCUCCGCUGAGAUGGCUCAAAGCCUCUUCCGCUUGGCUCUGGAGCAGUUUCGGCUGCCUUCAGUGCCGGCCGCUCCGCUUCUCAAAGGCGGCGACGGACCGCUCGUUCCGCCGGGAUCCGGACGUAGCCAUCCUCCGGUGGCCGGAAGGCCGCACGGGGGCAUUAAGGUUGUGGUCAUCACCCUUGCGCAUCGCGGCGACCGGCGUGUGGACCCAUUGGUCGCUGGCCCUUCAGCUUUGGCUGCGAUGCGGGAAGCAGGCUUUGACGUGGAAGUCUUGCGAGCUUCCUGCUACUGUGAGCGGGACACUUUGGAGCAGGCAAGGCGACUGAUUGCAGCCAAGUGA